AAAAGAACUCCCAGAGGAAAGGAAAAGCGUGUUGGUGCCAGCCGAGCUCUGCGCGCAACUGGGUUUGGAGGCGCUGCGUAAAAAUUGCGUCGCUGUGCGUAAAGAAAUCAGAUUUCCUCCGGGCUGCUUGUGUUGACACAGGAGCCACAUCCACAGCCACGUUUUAGCAAAGCGAGCCUGGGAAGGUACAGUACAGGGUUGUCCAGGGUUUGACUCCCUGCCCAUGCAAAUAGUGGAGGAGCGGAGCCGGGGCGCAGACUGCAAACCUCGCCAGGGAAAGUGCCCAUCGCAUAGGGUUCGGCUGGAUCUGGAUUUGGAGAACAUGGAGAUCUGCAGCUGAUCGGGACGAGCACAUGUUGUGCUUCGUGUUGUGUGAACUUUCCCUGUGGACACGGACAUGGAAACUGUUGCAAACUAAAAACCCAACUGCGCCUGGCUGUGAUCUCUCAGGGAAUGGUCCAUCCGUGUCCUCUUUUUCAAACCCUAGUGUUUUUUAGUAUCACGAAGCCCGUCCACGACCACCAGCAGCAUGCAGGGUCCGGAUGAGAAGGAGAGCAGUCCUCCCAAGGCGGACGGGAGGUUCACGCUGACUUACGUCGGCUGGUCCUCGCUGGACCGGCGCACCACCCUGCCCAUGCUGCCGUGGCUGGUGGCCGAGAUCCGGCGGAGGGGCGAGCGGGGGGACUGCGGCCCGGUGGUGCAGCCCCGGGAGGUCCAGCUGGUCCUGCACCCGCCCCUGGUGCGCUGCGUCCCCUGCAGCAGCAACAACUCGUCGGUGUUCAUCUUCGAGCACAAGGCGCAGCUCAUUUCUCGAUUCAUCCACAACAGCAACGACCUCACCUACUUCGCCUACCUGCUGCGGGGCCAGCCGGACAACCCGGAGGCCGACAUGUCCUGUCACGUCUUCAAGGCCGGCGACCCCAACCAGGUCCCUGAGGUGAUCAGCAGCAUUCGCCAGGUGUCCAAAUCUGCCCUGAAGGACGGUGCCAAGCCCAAACAGGAAGCAGAGGAGGCUUUUUACAACUCCCAGAAGUUUGAAGUGCUUUAUUGUGGCAAGGUGACAAUUGGGCACAAAAAGCCUCCGUCCACCCUCAUUGACGACUGCAUCGAUAAGUUUCGUCAGCACGAGGUCGAGCGCAAGCGCCUGCGGCUGCUCAACGGCCAGCGGGGGUCCACGGAGAGCGCCCCCGUGGAGUUCCUCAUUGGGGGCGAUGUAGACCCGCUCUCCUCUGCUCUGAACGAGAAUACGGACGACCCCGAAGUUCCUGGAGAGGAGGAUGUGACCGGAGGUAAAGGCCUCUCGGGCAGCGCCAGUCAGAGCAGCCUGCGAGGAGCGUUCCCCGAGUGCAUCCUGGAGGACUCCGGGUUCGAGGAGCCUCAGGAGUUCCGAACGCGCUGCAGCAGCUUGGCCGGGGGUCUGCAGCGGAAGCCAGGGGAAGGCGUCAUCCUGGGCCCCACCCGCCGCCGACACGCCAGCGAACCAAACCACGUUCAGCCGUCUGACGCGGACAAGAACCGCACCAUGCUCUUCCAGGUGGGGCGUUUUGAAGUAAACCUCAUAAGUCCAGACAGCAAGACAGUGGUGCUGGAGAAGAACUUCAAAGAUAUCUCAUCCUGCUGUCAGGGUAUCAAACAGACAGACCAUUUUGGAUUGGUUGGCAGGGACCAGUCGGAGUCUGGGUCCCGUCAGUAUGUGUGCUACGUUUUCCAGUGUGCCAGUGAGUCCCUGGUGGACGAGGUGAUGCUGACCCUGAAGCAGGCCUUCACUACUGCAGCGGCCCUGCAGAGCGACAAAACCCCGAUCAAGCUCUGUGAAGCCUGCCCCAUGCACGACUUGCACAAGCUCUGCGAGCGGAUUGAAGGUCUCUACCCACCCAGAGCAAAGCUAGCCAUCCAAAAAUUUAUGUCCGAGCUGACAGACAAAGAGCAGGUUGAGGUCUUUGAGCGAGUUCAGAAACUGAAGCCCGUGUCAGACCAAGAGGAGAAUGAGCUGGUGAUUCUCCACCUGAGACAGAUCUGUGGAACCAAACAAAAGACCCACCUCCACAUCGGAGAAGCUGCUCAGAAUGCAGCGAACAGCGCAGCGGCAGGCGACGGUGCAGCCUCAGGCAGUCGCUUCAAACUCGACAUUCUUAAGAACAAAGCACGCACCUCCCUCACCAGCUCCCUAGAGAAUAUCUUUGCCCGGGGUGCCAGCCGAAUGCGAGGCCGCUUGGGGAGCAUGGGAAGCAUCGGCAGCUUCGACAGACAGGAUGAGGAGUCUCCUGGUCACUCCCCUCCAGGUUCCCCCCCCGCCUUCCCCGAUGAGGACCCGGAAGGCGGCCUGCAGUUCCGCCGGCGCGCCCACACCUUCAGCCAUCCACCUGUGAAGAAGCGCAUCUCCUUCGAGGGGCCGCCGGCCUGUCAGAGCAGACAGUCGUCGCUCCGCAGGCAGAACUCUGUCGCCCCGGAGCUGCUGCAGAGCAGUCCCCCGGCCGUCUCGAGAACUCGCAGCGUUUCGGAGAGCGAGUCCUUCGGCCUCCCCUCCUCCUUCUCCGCUCCCACUUUCCUGAAAAGCUUUUACCAGGGCUCGCUGGGCUCCCUGAGCUCGCUGGGCUCCCUAAGCUCCCUGGCAGACAGUGGGAGCCUUAAGAGCAAUGGGGAGGGCAGGAAGAGGACCUUGUCCGGGUGCAGCAGCGACUCGGUGAGCGCAGGUCUCCCCCCGACCCCACGCAGGGUCUCCUGGAGGCAGAAGAUCUUCCUGAGGGUCGCGUCGCCUAUGAACAAGCCAUCUGCAUCCAUGCAACACUCAGAUCACUGUGAUGCCAGAGAGCUGCUGCCUCUCUCUCCCCGCAGCUCGGUCUCCGGACUGGACGCCUUCGGGCGCCCGCUCUUGUUUCCGGGCGACCCGCUGUCCGGGGAGCGGCCUAAGAAGACGGCCGCCGACUACCAGGGGCUGUGGAAGACCGCCAUCCACCAGCAGAUCCUUCUGCUGCGCAUGGAGAAAGAGAACCAGAGACUGGAGGCGAGCAGAGAUGAGCUGCACAUCCGCAAGAUGAAGCUGGACUACCAGGAAGUGGGCCAGUGCUCCAAAGAUGCACAGGCAUAUUGGGAGAGAAAACUGACAGCCCCCGGCCGAACGACGGUCCUGCAAGACCAAGAGGAGGUUUACCGUGCCGUCUGCCAAGGUAUUCCAAAGAGCAGGCAUGGGGAGGUCUGGCUGCUCCUGUCCCACCAGCACCGGCUCCGUCACAGACUCCCCCAGCGUCACCACGCCCCGGACACACCUUACCAGGAUCUCCUGAAGCAGCUCACCGCACAGCAGCACGCCAUUCUGGUGGAUCUAGGCAGGACCUUCCCCACCCACCAGUACUUCUCCGCCCAGCUGGGUGCAGGGCAGCUCUCCCUCUACAACCUCCUGAAAGCCUACUCUCUGCUGGACACAGAGGUUGGCUACUGCCAGGGAAUCAGCUUUGUGGCUGGAGUCCUGCUGCUGCACAUGAGUGAAGAGCAGGCCUUCGACAUGUUGAAGUUCCUGAUGUACGACCUCAGCAUCCGGCGACAGUACAGACCCGACAUGGUCUCUUUGCAGGUUCAGAUGUACCAGCUCUCCAGACUGCUGCAUGACUACCACCGCGAGCUGUACAAUCACUUCGAGGAGCACGAGAUCUGCCCGAGUCUCUACGCCGCGCCGUGGUUCCUCACCCUCUUCGCCUCACAGUUCCCCCUUGGCUUUGUGUCCCGCAUCUUUGAUUUUGUGUUUGCCCAGGGGACUGAGGCGAUCUUUAAAGUGGCCCUCUGUCUGCUGAGCAGCCAUGAGGGGGAGAUAGUGGAGUGCGACGGCUUCGAGAGCAUCGUGGACUAUCUGAAAACGACACUUCCCAACCUCACUCCGACGCAGAUGGAGCAGACCAUUGCAAAGGUAAUGGAGAUGGACAUCUCCAAGCAGCUUCAUACGUACGAGGUGGAGUACCACGUCCUUCAGGAUGAGAUGAGCGAGGCCGGGCCGCUGCCCGAUGACUCUGACCGGCUCGAGAAACUUGAAAAGACAAACACUCAGCUGAAGAAACAGAACAUGGACCUUUUAGAAAAACUUCAGGCUGCACGGCAGAAGAUCCAGACCCUUGAGACCAGCAUGGAGACCUUCCUUUCUCGGGAGAGCAAAAUGAAGCACAUGAUUCGCUCUCUGGAGCAGGAGAAGGCAGCCCACCAGAAGACCAUAGAACGCAUGCGCUCGUGCGUUCCCCCCGACACCCUGACAGAUGUGGAGAUGACCCAGAUCAAAACAGGACCCAACGGGAAAGCCAAAACUGCAGCCAAGAAGCCCUGAUGGCAACCAGGGGGCUGGCUGGCUGCUCUGGGCAGACGCUCAGAAAAGAAAGACUGAAGUGAACAAAUGGAGACUGCUUUAAGUGGAGGGCUGCUGGGCUCCACAGCUCUUGUAGUGCUGCUGCUGCUGAACAACAGCGGCGGUGGCGUUUUGUAAAUGUGCGACGGCUUGACUUGAGACGUGCAGCCUGUAUGGGAAAAUGUAUAGGUGAUGUUUGUCAGCAGAUAAUAAGAGUGGUGGGAGGAUGGCUUCAGUCACAUUAGCGAACAGAUUGUUCCAUCAGGGCUGCUGCUCUCUCUCAUAUUUUUCACUGCCAGUUUGGAGGUGAGAUGCACAACAUCCCUCCCUGCCCACAUCUCUUGGUAAUCACAGGGACAUUUUCUAAGUGAUUGACAUAAGUGAGCAGUGUGUCUGCCUCUGCAAAUCCCUUUUCACUACUGCCUUCAUGUAUUUACUACCAGUAGCAACACAGAGCAGGGAACAGAAGGUGCCUGCUGUCAACAAUUUGGACCUCAGGUUCAACGUAUAGCCAUUACCAGUGUGUGAGAUGGAAACUCUGCCUCAGGCUAAUCACAUGGCUGUGUUAUAACCUUUGUAUUCACUUGAAAUGUUUGUGAAUGUAAUUUUCUCUCCAAAGACCAUUGUAAAAUCAAUUCUAUUCUGCGUUUCUCCACAGAAGCACCUGGGCACACAUCUUCCAUAUUUUUCUCUUUUUUUUUAAAAACUUCGGCCGCAGUAUCUCUCUGCUCAUCUCUCAGGUCUCCUACAGAAUGUGAGACGACGAGCAGCUGCAGUUGCCUGACUCGAGAUUUGAACACACCACAUAUCAGCAGUUGCAUUGAUUUCUGUCACAUGUACAAAACUUGCAGUAAAACUCAAGGGUUUUAGUUGAGAAACAAAACUGCAAACCAAAUAAGAACAUAGAAGCAAUUACAGUUUGCUCUGAUACAUUUCAGAUACUCUGCGCGCACACACACAUAUACACACAACACGAGCAGUGAACUGGCUGAGUGUCGGAGCAGACAGUUUAUAUUAAUUCAAAGAGUGUCCCUGGCUCUCGUCUCACUUUUGUUUUAUCCCACCUCUGUGUCUGAUUCACCAUUGCCAGGUCUUGAUUGAAAGCAAUACAGGCCCAUGCUUUCAUAAAACCCCCGAACAUUAAAUCCAAGGUGAUGUCUGUCAAGAUUUUUUUUUUUUUACUUUUUUAAAAUGUCUGUCAGACGUCCUGUCCUUGGUGACAAGUUGUGGUGACACAUUCAUGUCUAAAACUUUUAUCCUGCAACUCCUUCUGCCGUGCAAUGCAACAUGUUUGUGUUCAGCAGUUCUCGCAUGUUUUUUUUGCAUAUAUACCCACAGCACUUGCCGACUCUCUGCUAAGAUGGGCGAGCUAAUUGACUCAAAAGUUUGAUGGGCUGAUAAAUGCGGCCUGACGUUCCCCCGUCAGCGGGAAAUGCUCAUGUUGUUAUUGAGGUGAUGAUAUAAAAAGUUGGCUCCAAACUUCUCAUAAAUAAUGGAGAAACGGUGGCCUCCGAACAGCAGGGAUCCUCUCAACGCUACAGGGAGCGAAACAUAUCAAACGACUCGUCUUGAAAUCAGUUGAAGAUUACGUGGGACCCACGCCUGCUGACAGCUUUCCGACCUUCCUUCUGCUUACUACGAGUAUUUGUUCCUAACAGAAAUUAACCAUUGAACCAAAGAUGUGGUUGUUCUUUUGCGAAAAUGAAAGGAUUACUGAGAAAUUGAUGAUUUCACCCAAAAAUGCCGUGAUGUGUUGUACGUUAAAUGCGAAAACCUUUUUUGUCACUACACCUGUUCAGCCUUCUUUAGGUUUAAGACAAAAGCUUGAAAGAAAAUACCAAAUAUUGGUAGUAAAAACUUGACACUAAAAAAAUGAUUGUAAUUCUAUACUCAUUAUUACAUGGAUUUUAUUUGUUCUUCAGCUUAUUCUGUAGUGCCAUAACUGAAUGUUGGCCUUUAUUCUCCAUCAUCAGAGAUUGGAGGCCGUUUUGUCGAUAUCUAAUGUAAUGCACUUGGCUGUGGUCAGUGAAGGGUCUUUAUUUUUGAACAGGUGCUCUGAGUCCUGACUACUAAAUAGUGCUUAAAUCACUGUUUUCAGACUAUCAACAUGAGGGCUUCACACAGGAACUGUCAUGAAUACUUCAAUAAACCUCACCUUGCCUUGU